GACGAUAUAAGGCCCCUGCGAUGACGGUGCGGGCUCAGUUUGUCGAUAGGUGUCUCGCGACGGAGAUAUUCACCCACUCUUGUUGGUUCCCAUACCACGAUUUAUUUGCUUUUUUCGGUGUAUUGCUCGCGAUUAUCGCUCGUGAUCACGACUCGUUUGUGAAUUCGACGCCGCGUCCGCGGUGAAACUUGUAUAUAGACGCAUCUUCUUCCGCACUGGCGGGAUUUCAUAACGAUAGAAGCACGCGAAGAGUAGCGAACAAUGGCGCAGUUGAUACGAUUGAUAUACGAUGGCUAUCGAGACUUGAUGGACAACAAGAGCGAUCCCAGGGUUAACAAUUGGGCUAUGAUGAGCAGCCCGUUUCCCACGCUAGCGAUUUGCUUAUUCUACGCCUAUUUCGUUAAGGUCCUCGGACCAAAACUGAUGGAGAAUCGAAAACCUUUCGAUCUCAGAAGAGUGAUGAUAUGGUACAAUCUCUUCCAAGUAAUAUUUUCGUCGUGGUUAUUCUACGAAGCCUGGGCUGCCGGCUGGGGUGGACAUUACUCUUUCAAGUGUCAGCCGGUCGAUUACUCGUACAAUCCAAUCGCAUUGCGGAUGGCGCGAGGUUGCUGGUGGUACUACAUCUCUAAGUUCAUCGAAUUCACAGACACGAUCUUCUUUGUAUUGAGAAAGAAGAAUGAUCACAUUAGCACCCUUCAUGUCAUUCAUCACGGCUGCAUGCCUAUGUCCGUUUGGUUCGGAGUUAAGUUCACCCCUGGUGGUCACAGCAGUUUCUUCGGUUUCCUGAAUACUUUUGUACACAUCGUAAUGUACUCGUAUUAUCUUCUGGCGGCGCUCGGCCCGCAAAUACAACCGUAUCUAUGGUGGAAGAAAUAUCUGACGGCCCUGCAGAUGAUCCAGUUUAUUCUCGUGAUGAUUCACGCAUUCCAGCUGCUCUUCGUCGAGUGCAACUACCCGAAGGCCUUCGUUUGGUGGAUCGGUAUGCAUGCCGUGAUGUUUUAUUUCCUUUUCCGCGGUUUCUACAAGGAAGCGUACAAGAGGAAGAAUUCGAAAAACGCGUCUGGCAAGCGAAAGGUUCUCAGAGACGAUAAGGAGCAAGAUACGCAAAGUUUCCAGAACGAUAUCAAGGAGAACGAAAAUGGCGUAAUAUAUGCAAACCAAUAUAAAAUGGCUACCGGAUACAUCUCAGACAGCGGCCUUAGGAACCGCGUGUUCAUCGACAAUCGAGGCUUUGACGAAUGACGAUAAGCCGAUCCUCAAAGAGACUUCAAUUGGACAUCGAAUGUACAUUUAGCUGCAAAUCAUCAUAUAUAAAACGCUCUGCUAUGUUGCAUACAGUCGUUAUCCUCUGGCGGCGUGAUCGAAUAUAAAAAAAGUCGAGAUUCAAAGAUCAGAUUCAAAAAAUAUCCAAAGAAAUGAAAAAGUGGAAAGAAAAGCGCGUUGAACAUCUUCCUGCAAUUUCUGACAGUCUGAAUUUAGUAUCGUUCUCUCUGAAUUUCGAGGCGAAGUCUUUUAUAUAUGUAUAGAAAAUUCUUUUGUACUUUUUGUGUUAUAUAAGUGUAUAUGGAUGAAUGACUGUGUUUAUAUGUGUUCGUUAAUGUAUUGCGAGAGGCGGAAACAGACUGGAUAAAUUGCUAAUAAGAUUGCCAAGAUUAACAAAAUAUUGUUUUUCUCAGUUGGAUAGUGAAUCAAAGCGCACACACAUCGAUUCUUCUAUAAAUUAUUUUUUAUUUCUUCGGUUAUACGAUCAUAUUUAUUUUCUGACAUUUCAAAAAAAUUUCAGUCUGUAUCAGAUCUGUGAUGAAUUUUAAUUGCAAUUUUAAUAAAAAAUUCUUUGACAAAGAGCUUCCACUAAUGAAUUAUUUUAUAUUUUUAUUUUUAACUAAUAAAAGACAAAUUAUUUUUAUUUGUACUACUAUAUUAAUUACAAAAUAUAUUUUGUCUUUCAGAAAAUUUAGAAAAAUUACAUUAGUAACUAAGUAAAUAUAUAUAAAAUAAGCACAUCUCAUCACAUAUAUGCUGCAUAUUUCCCCAAUAAUGUUAUGAAAAAAAUUGAAAUGGCUUUUAUACUAAAUUUCUUUUGUAAGAUAAAGAUUAAUCAAGCAAUUUGCUCACAUCUUUCAAAAUUAAUGUAAUAAUAUAUCAAUAUACUUUACCGCGUGUUUUCUAUUAAAUUACAAACUCAAACAGAAAACUCAAUAAAGAAAAAUUUUUU